AUGCCAAGUAUUAUAAUUCCAAGAUAUUCUGCCUCGCCUGUUUCAAAACCAAAUACAUCAAAUCUAUUCCAUAUGCAAUCGAGAAUGGCUCCUCUCAAGGCGAAUUCCCAUCCUAAGGUUUUUUAA